AUGAAUGGAAAUAAUAAGACCUUUUCCAGUGACUUCACCCUUACAGGGCUCUUCACUAACAACAAAGCCUCUGGCUUUCUUUUCGGCAUCAUUUGUGCCAUCUUCUUCAUGGCCAUGAUAGCUAAUGGGGUCAUGAUCUUUCUGAUCUACAUAGACCCUCACCUCCAUACUCCCAUGUACUUCCUGCUCAGCCACCUCUCUUUCAUUGACAUUAUGUACAUCUCCACCAUUGUGCCCAAGAUGCUGGCCGAUUAUCUUGAGGGUGAGGGGACCAUAUCCUUUAUUGCCUGUACAGCCCAGUACUUUCUCUAUAUGGGCUUUGUAGGGGCUGAAUUUUUCCUGCUGGGACUCAUGGCAUAUGACCGCUAUGUGGCCAUCUGCAACCCUCUCCGCUAUCCUGUCCUCAUGAGCCAUCGGGUCUGUUGGAUGAUCUUGGCCAGCUCUUGGUUUGGUGGUGCUUUGGAUAGCUUCCUCCUCACCCCUAUCACCAUGAGUCUACCAUUCUGUGCUUCACACAAGAUCAAUCACUUCUUCUGCGAGGCACCCACCAUGCUGAGGCUGGCCUGUGGUGACAAAGCUGCCUAUGAAAUGGUGAUGUAUAUUUGCUGUGUCAUGAUGCUGCUGAUCCCCUUCUCUGUAGUGAUUGCUUCCUACACUGGAGUGCUCAUCACAGUGCACCAGAUGAAGUCAGCAGAAGGGAAGAAGAAGGCUUUUGCCACCUGCUCCUCACACAUGAUGGUGGUGAUCUUAUUCUAUGGGGCUGCCCUGUACACAUAUAUGCUUCCCCAAUCAUACCACACUCCAACUAAAGACAAGGUCUUUUCUGUCUUUUACACUAUCAUCACCCCCUUGUUAAACCCUCUCAUUUACAGUUUGAGAAACAGGGAUGUGGCUGAGGCCUUUAAGAGGGUUUUGGCAAGAUGUCGAGGGACCCAUGGUGUGACAAGGGAAGAAUUCUGA